AUGCGGCCGCGCGCGCACGCGGGCCGGGGUGGCGGCGCGGGCUGCGGGGCCUCCCCGGUGACCUCCCGGGCGGCUUCCCGGCCCGCGCCGCCGCCCCGCGCCCCCCGCCGCCGCCGCCCGCCGCCGCUUCCGCCUAGCAGUUCCCUCCGCGGGAGCGGCGGCGGCUCGGCGAGAGGGGCGGCCAUGGGCGCAUUGUGGACGCGCCGCGCGCUGUCUCCUCCCCUCGGCGCUCGCCGGCUCCGUUCCCGGAGAGACCCCGGGGAAGUGGUGGGAGGUGUCGGGAUCCAGGACCCAGUCCCCACCAACCCGCAAACCGAGCCUCCCCGCUGCUCCCUCAGCGCGAAAUCCUGCGGGAAACUCCGAUUUAAGGCAACUGGGCCGUUUCUGGAAUACGGCAGUAGUCCUUACUACGUGGUGUGUGUUUGCACACGCACGCAUGCACACAGUGAGCGCGUGAACGCACUCCAGCUCAGCUGUUGGGAGACACUUGACAAGAAUGCUUAAAAAUCAUCUUCUUGAUGGAUAUAUUUCAUAGGAUGCUUAAAAAUCAUCUAUGCCGCUACAAAUACUUUUCAAAAGCAAACGGAGAUAAAAAUUUUGUGCAUUGCAGCCGUGGGUCCGGUUUUAAUGACUUAAUAGAAUCUUGAUAAAUACAUUAGAUGGCUAUCAGUACAGUUGGGAAUGGCAGGAUCUUUAUUAGAAGUGAAUUACUGUUUCCAAUAGCCAUCACUUCAAAGAUUCAAUAAAGUUUAACUUCCCCUCUUCUACUACGAAGUUGGUUUGGAGAACCAGAAAGAUUCUUCAAAACGAAGAAGAAAGAACCCGCGAAGCAAAGUAGAUGAGGCAUUUUCCAGCAAAAGAACUUGAAAAGUAAAAUGUGCGCGUUGUUGAGGGACGGAGGGAAAGGCUACGGACGAGAAAGUUGUUUGGCUCUACAGGAGCGGUGGUUGACUACGUGAGCUCAAGGUGAAGCUUUCUCUGGCGUAAUUGACUUAUAUAUAUUUGCAAACACGCGUUUUUAACGCAUAUAGUCAACGUCCAACCUUGCCCCAGCACGCGGAGAGCACCUCGUGUCCUAGUGGGGUGAUUAACAUCAGGAACAGCUGCAGGAACUUUGCUCCGUCCUGCUCUGGAAGCUUUGAAAGGCGCGUGCACGAGCUCUUCCCGCAGAAGGAACACACACAGCAGCGAGGGGCUCCUGAAUCUCCCUGGGGUCUUUUUGAAAUAAACACCUAUUCAUCACGUUCA